AUGUCCCUCCCACCGCGACCAUACUCAGUUCGUCGUCGUCGAUAUCCUCCAGCUACUAGACGAGGACCAACAUUUAUUCCUCGAGCGCCAGUACCAGGUGCUGUCGGAGCUGGAUUAGGUGCGGGUGCUGCUGCUGGCGGUCUUGCUGGUUUAAUCGGUGGCUUAGCUAUACCAAUUCUUUGUCUUGGUUGUCUAUCAACAUUAGCCAUCCUAGGGCUUUUUGCUACUAUGAUCGGUGCAACGUCUUACAUGAACGCCAUUCAACAACAACUUCGUAAAAAUAUUCAAGGUGCUGGUACAAUGAUUGAAGCCAAUCUUAUGGUACUCUUCUGUGCUCUUAUUUGCUCGAUUUAUGUGCUAUCAAAACAUCGUCGUGGUGUUGCUAGCACCUGA